AAAACUUCCAAUUACCGUCAUAGUGAACGUCAACAUCUCUUCGAUUAUAUUUUUUGAACACCAAACCAAUUAAAGUUUCAACAUGGUCCGCCACAACAACAUGAUCCCCAACGGCCACUACCACAAGAAAUGGCAAACCCACACUAGAACCUGGUUCGACCAACCCAUGAAAAAAGUGCGCCGCAAGUUCCUUCGUGCCAAAAAAUUGGCCAACUCUGUGCCCAAACCCAUCCAGCUUUUCAGACCUACGGUGAGCUGUCCCAGCGUGCGUUACCACAGCAAGCUUCGAAAAGGUCGCGGUUUCACUCUACGAGAGCUAAAGCAGGCAGGAAUUAACAAAAAGUACGCUCGUACCAUAGGGAUUGCUGUUGAUCAUAGGCGCAGAAAUCGGUGUGUAGAAUCUGUUGUUCGCAACGUGCAGAGGUUGAAGGAGUAUCAAGAGAGGUUAAUUUUAAUGCCUGUGAAAGAGACCCAAGUUGUGAAGCUGGAUAGCGGGAAAGAUUUGAAUAAAGUGAAGGUUCGGGAAAGCAAGAUGAAGGUGAGGAAGGUGAGUGAAGAGGAGAAGAAGUUUGAGGCUUAUGUUACUUUGCGGAAAGCUAGAUGUGAUGCUAAGUAUGCAGGUGUGAGGAUUAAGAGGAAGCUGCCGAAAGGGGAAAAUCUCGACGUUAGUAAAUCUUGUAACUGAUCAGGUUAGAAUUGGUUGUUUUAUUUGUUUUGUGGUGUUUGUGUUUGUAGUUUUUAGAA